UCACUAUGUUUGCUCUCUGUAAACGAGUCCUGCGCUUUUACAGAUUAUAAACGACUGGAUUUCUAGAUUAACACUCGACACUGAUUUCCUACUGUAAACUGAGUUGAAUUGUCUUGUCCUGGUCAUCAUGGAGCUGGUGAGCAAGAGUCCGUCUUUUAAGGAUUUGGUUAGCAAAGUCCUUGAGGUUCAUAAGAGCAGAACUGAUCCUCCUCGUUUACUGAAGAACGGCUCUCAGUUUAAGAAGAACCUAGAAGUUAUUAUAUCUCGGAAGCCGCCACCUGACUCCAUCCUCUGCUCGAACGCAGGACAGACUAGACAUCAGGCUUGUGUGAAUAACGUACCAUGUGCUGGCCAAGCAUUGAGGAAUGCUGUCUUAUCCAAUUGCCAGGAUAACUGGAAAACACACGUUAAACUGGCCAAAAUUAUCAGGAGGACUUAUAUUGGUCUGGAGCUGGUGGAAUGGCUGAUGGACCAUUGCGAAUUCGUCCAAAGCAGGGAAAUAGCUUCCAAAAUCUGGAAUGUUCUCCUAGAUUUGGGCAUUCUGCUUUCAGUGGAGCAGAACAAUGUAUUUGAGGACUCCAGGUCUUUGUACCAGUUCACCUUUAAGGAAUGUGAGGCCCAGAGCUGUGAUUUCAGAAAUCAGGUCAAUUGGCGGAGUGCAGUGCAUCUGCUCCUUCAGCUGGUCCCACAUGAACAGCUCCGUGGUGGAACCCAGAGGCGCUGUAAAGAAGAUGAACAGAAAACACCUGAUGCUUGUAAUCCAGUUCUUCAAAUGAGAGCAUUGGAGCAUUUCACUUUAACAGUGCAGAAUGAACUGUUGGCAGCUCUGGCUCGCAAGGCGCAGACAAAAUCUGUGAUGGAGGACAGCAGUCCACAGCACAAUACUGACACCCCGGGAUCCUCUCCUACUCCUGCUGUGCUCAAGCAGGUCCCUGGAGCGGGGACACGAGACCGAGAGGAGAUCAGCCGUUUAGAGAUGGUCCAGAGACUGGCCAAGGACGGAUGCCGACUUCUGCACAGCCCACUGAGAGCCAAUGAAAGGCCUGCUGAGCCCCUCGGUGACGCAGCAGUCCGUGUGUGCGAGCGGAGCCACGAGGUGCUGCUUCCUAAGAGGACGACGUCACUCAAAUCUCCCUCCUCUUCCUCCUCCUCCUGGAGCCGGAGGUACGCCGCCGUGCCCGCCAGCCCUGAAAAGGUUCUGGAGCAUGUGCUGGGUCAGCUGAGGCUGGAUGAGGAGCAGACGAGCCUCCAGAGCAGAGAGACAGAGAGUCUGCUGGAUGAUUUCCUCCUGACAUACCCAGUGUUCAUGUCCACUAGUGACCUGUGUCAAGCUCUACUUGGACACUAUUGUUCCAAAAAAGGGCGGAUGAAGGAGGAGUGGAGAGAGAGUCUGCUUAGGAAACGGAAAGUGCUGCACCUGCUGUCCCAGUGGAGCUCACUGUGCACAGAGCUGCCGCAGGACGACGACAACGCCAAACUCUUCCUCAAGACCCUGUACAGGCACGUUCUAGAUGAUCUCUACGAGUUCCCCCCGCUAGAGAAGGAUCUCAAAGAACUUCAGAAACUUCUACGGAUGCAAAGGAGACACACGGUGGAUGAAUACUCUCCACAGAGGAAGAAUAAAGCUCUGUUCCACCAGCUCAGUCUGAAGGAGAACUGGCAUCCCGUGAGAGGAGCUCAGAGAGAGAGGAAAGAAGUGCUGUGUCGUGUGUACGUGACCGUCGACUCGUAUGUUAGCGUGAGGACACACAGUGAGGUGUGUGUCCAGGAACUUCUGAGGGCCGUGGCUGAAAGACUGGACUGUGCUGAAGACGACAUGGUGCUGAUGGCCCUCACAUAUCCUGGAGAGAAAGCUGUGCUUGAGUCGGAUCAGUGUGUGUUCUCGUCUUCACUCAGUACUGCUGAGAGGCUUCACGUUUUCAGAAGAGACCUGACGGAGAUCAUGAGUCCAUUCACUGAUAAUGGGCAGCAGUGUUCGGGAAAGAUGCUGAGCAUGAACACAUGGGAUGUGUCAGUGUCGCUCACUAACUGCGACUGGAGUCUCUUCAGUAACAUCCACGAGCAAGAGUUGGUGUAUUUUACUCUGAGUCGUGAAGCGAGCUCUGGCCACACGGUGGCGCUGGAGCAGCUGUUGCAGCGCUGUAAUGAAACUCAGCAGUGGGUGAUGACUGAAGUCCUUCUGUGUCCAACCCUCUGCAAACGAGUCCAGCUUUUCAAGAAGUUCAUCAAGAUUGCUGCACACUGUAAAGCACAGAGGAACCUGAACUCAUUAUUUGCGAUUAUUCUGGGACUGAACAGUCCCGCUGUCAGUCGGCUCACUCAGACAUGGGAGAAAGUCCCUGGGAAGUUCAGAAAGUUGUUCUCCGAGCUGGAGAGCCUGACGGACCCUUCAUUAAAUCACAAAGCCUACAGAGAUGCCUUCAGGAAGAUGAAGUCUCCCAAGAUCCCUUUCCUACCUCUGCUUCUGAAAGAUAUUACUUUCAUUCAUGAAGGCAACAAAACCUUUCUCGACAACCUGGUCAACUUCGACAAGCUACACAUGAUAGCAGACACAGUACGAAUUAUCAGGCAGUGUCGGACAGAUCAUAUGGGAAACUUGUUAUUCCAGAAGGACAGCAUGGAAGUGAGAACGUACAUCAAUUACCUGCACCUCAUCGACAAUCAGCAGACUCUCUUUGAGCUCUCACACAGACUUGAGCCCAAGACAUAAAACAACCUAAUACUGUACAUCCUAAAUUCUUCCUCUACCUGAAGACUGUGAUGAACAAGUCCUCCACUAGGGGACGACACACUACAACCAGAUACAGUGUACGGACAUAGACUUUAGAGUACAGCCAAAGAAACCAUUAAAUUCAAUAAUGGAAAAGAGACAAAGAAGCUGAAGCAAACUGUGAAAUUGGCUUCUGGAGCAAUUAAGAUGAUCCAGUAUUGUGUGACUUACAGUACAGAAAUGUAAGGUGACUUGAGAUGUUUUUGUACAGCACAUGUUCACUUGGUAGUGUGGGACAGCUUGUUAAACUGAAACAGUUUUCCACUGCAAACCAUGGAAAUUCACAAGAAAUGCUGAGUCAGAAAAAUAAUAGGCACAUCCGCUUUCACUUGUGUCCAGUUACAGUACAGAAUUUGAGCUAUACAUGCACAAAUCACAAAACAAUGUGAUGUCUUUUUAGAUCAUGGCCAGUAAACUAUUUUGUAGACAAUCAAAAAACUCACAUUAGAUUUUAGGUACAGCGAUGUUACCAAUAAUUAGAAGUCUAGAUUUAUAAAUGCCUGCAUAAUCUAUAAGGGUAUGUGUGCAUCUCUAAGAACAACAAAAAAAAGAGUUAAGUUGUGGACUCUUUUAGAAAUAAUUGGUUUAAAAAAAUAAGAAUACUGCAUUUUACUGAAAAGCUGUCAGUGGUGGAUCUAAACAAAGCAAAUGUACAGAUUUCUUCUAUACGUCGACUUGUACUGAAACAUUGAGAUAUUUAUUAAAUAACAAUCGUGUCCCUGAUGCUGAUGGGAAGACAACACUGGUUAAAAAUACAAAUAAAAGAUGGUAAUGUAAAUUAAAUGUGAUAAGAUGGUCUGAAGGAUUUGGCACCGCCAUUGAUUGACCAUCUGAUAAUGCCUGUGAACUCUGUAAAUAGUCAAAUGUUUGUUUUUUAAAAUAAUAAUGAUAAAAACAGGCUAUAAAGCAAUAUCAAGAUAAAAAAAAAUCUAACUGUUAGCAGUGGCUGAAAGUAUCUGCUGUUUGCACUAGUCUUCACAUAAAGCCUGAAAUUAAAGA